AUGGCCAAUGGCUCUUUCUCCGGUGCUCAAUAUCACGAGCUAGAAGAUCUGAGUGCCAAACGGUUGGCAUCGGAUGGGCUGGAUGUCAGAGAUGAUGGACAUCAACUCGAAACUGAUGUGGACUUUGAAGUCAAAGAACCACUUUUGGAGGAAAAUGUCAUUGACGAGGAAGAAGAGUUGACCAACUCACCAGUCCCUGAGGUCGCUGCCGUAGUUCCAAUAUACGACGAUCCAAGCCUCCCUGUCAUGACAUUCAGAUACUGGGUUCUCAGCACGCUCUUCACAAUCAUUGGAUCUGCAACCGGAGUCUUUUAUUUCUUUCGAUCGUCUGCGAUUACUCUGUCAUUGUUUUUCGUUAUUUUGUUAUCGUAUCCGCUUGGAGUUUUCAUGCAUCAGGCCAUGCCAACACACGCAUUCUACAACCCGGGCCCAUUUAACGUCAAGGAACACACUCUGAUUGUAGUCACGGCGUCGUGUGCAAUUCAAGUCGCAUAUGCUAUCGAUAUCGUCAGCGUCCAAAUCUUAUUCUACCACCAGGAUGUUGGUUGGAUUGCAUCUUUAUUGUUGCUGUGGACUACACAGUGUCUUGGGUACGGAUUAGCUGGGCUGCUGCGAAGAUGGCUGGUGUACCCGUCACAUGCAUAUUGGCCUGCCAGUCUUCCUCUCGUGACAGUCAUCACGUCCAUGCAUUCAGCAUCAUCAGAGAAUAAUACUUUGAUGAAGACGAGGCUUCGAUUUUUCACAAAAGUCGCAGUUCUCGUCGCUAUUUGGCAACUGGUGCCUGGAUUUAUAGCUCCGACCCUGAGCUCUGUUGCUCUCAUGUGUCUGUUUGGAGGAGGGCCAACCGAAACCAUCUCGAAGAUCGCCGCUCAAGUUGGAUCAGGUUUCUUAGGAGGUGGAUUCUUUGCACUGUCAUUAGACUGGAAUUAUGCAGGUGUUCUCUCACCUCUCGUAACGCCGUUCUGGUCACUCUUAAACGUACUGGCUGGUGUAAUUGGUCAUGUUUGGAUAUUGACACCAUUCAUAUUCAACUAUACGAAUCUAUGGAAUGCAAAACUCUUCCUGGAAGCGGGUCUCAUGUACAGUGUGUCCACGUUUGCUUAUAAUGGAUCAGCCCCUGCUGGACAACAACUCACACCCUAUAAUGUUUCUCGCGUGCUUAAUCAUACAACAUUGACAUUGGACAUAGACGCUUAUAAUGCUUAUUCGCCCCUCAAGUUAUCACCGUACUGGGCUCUAGUAUACGGAUUUUCGUUUGCAGCUCUGACUGCUACGCUGAUGCACGUGUAUUUAUUCUACGGGAAGGAGAUUACUGAAGGAGUGUCAUCUACUGUCAAGCAACGCAAUCGAGACGUUCACGUAAGGAUGAUGUCCAUAUACCCUGAAGUACCUAAUUGGGUUUAUAUGACUGUAUUGGCUGCUAUGACUGUGUUGUCUAUUAUUGUGAUUGAAGUCUGGAAUGUCCAGCUGCAGUUAAAAUGGUGGGGUUUGUUGUUGGCUAUUGCUAUGGCGUGUCUGUUUGUUUUGCCAGUGGGACUCAUUCAGGCUAUUUCGAAUUAUCAAAUUGGUAUCAAUGUCGUAACAGAAUUUUUAAUUGGUUUGAUUCUUCCUGGACAGCCAGUGGCCAAUAUUGUUUUCAAGACGUAUGGAUAUAUGGCCAUGUCUCAAGCUCUGAAUUUAGUGUCGGAUUUGAAGUGGGGGCUCUAUAUGAAGAUUCCCCCUCGGAUGAUGUUCAUUGGUCAAUUCUAUGGAACGAUUCUUGGAAGUGUCGUAAACUAUGUCGUGAUGAAGGCACUGUUUGCUAGUGUGCCAGCUAUUCAAGCUUCAGCUGAUGGUCACGGUACCGAACAAAACUGGAAUCCGCGUUCUUCUCGAGUGUUUUACUCUGCUUCUUUGAUCUGGGGCCUGAUUGCACCAGCCAAGUUCUUUGGUGGAGAGUACUCUGUGCUCUUUUUGUUCUUUUUGAUUGGUCUUCUGGUGCCAGUCCUCCUGCACUGGUUGCAUCGUCGAUAUCCAAAGCUGGGGUUAAACUAUAUCGUUACUCCCAUCAUUUUUCAAGCAACUGGAAAUGCUGGGCAGAAUGGAGCCAACACUCAAACCACUGGCUUGAUCAUUUCCAUCUUCUUCAUGUAUUGGAUACGAACGAGACAUCCACGCUGGUUUGGUAUCUACAAUUAUAGCCUAUCCGCCGCGCUGGACUGUGGAGCUUUUGCUGCAACUAUAUUCAUAUAUCUGGUGUUCACAGUUAGGAAUGUGAGGUUUGGUACGUGGGUGCUCAAUCCAGAACCGUCGUAUUGGAGCUCUGCCGAAUAUAUAGAUAGGAAGUAG